AUGCCCAACGAUGGAGCCAACCCGGCCAUUGGUGCUGUGGGAGCUCUAGAGUAUGUGGAGGAGAUGAAAGUCGAGGUGAUGUGCCUGGGACGGACGAUCAUGCUGCAGGCGGUGGAGGCACUGAAGAAGGCUCACCCGUAUGAAGAGGUUGCGUACGAGGUGUACAAGAUGGAGAACGUACACCACCCGCAAAACGCCUCUUUCGAAGCGGUGCACCUUGAGCGAAUCUCCUCCCAUCACCGACCUCAUCCUCACCCUCAUCUCCGCCACUCCCCCCGUCUUCUGCCAGAAAUGGCCUCUAAACUCUUCCCUGUCGCCCCCCGGGCCGGUCGCCAGUUCCUCCAGUCCCUCCCCAAGACCCAAUGCCGGCCCUUCUCCGCCGGUCCGCAACUUUACAGCGACUCCCUGUCUGUGCACCGCAACAAGCCCAACAACAACCCGUCGAUCCCCUUCAAGUUCAACGAGCAGAACCUCAAACUCAUCGAUGAGAUCCUCAAGCGCUAUCCCCCCCAAUACAAGAAGGCCGCCGUCAUGCCGAUCCUGGACCUCGGUCAGCGCCAGCACGGCUUCACCAGCAUCAGUGUGAUGAACGAGGUCGCCCGCCUUCUGGAGAUGCCCCCGAUGCGUGUCUACGAAGUCGCGACCUUCUACACUAUGUACAACCUCGAAUGUCUGGGCGCCUGUGUCAACGCCCCCAUGGUCCAGAUCAACGACGACUACUACGAGGACCUCACCCCCGAGUCGAUCAAGGCCCUUCUCACCGCGCUCAAGGAGUCCUCCACCGGCUCCGCCAAGGUUCCCGCCCCUGGUCCUCUGAGCGGACGGCAGACCUGCGAGAACAGUGCUGGUCUCACGAACUUGCGGGACCCGGUCUGGGAUCCGGAGACGAUGAUGCGACAGGACGGUGCCCUGGAUCAGCCGCAGCAGCCUUCAGCUUAA